UCUGGUCUGGCCCAUGGACUAUUGUUUGUUGGGUUGUUUUUAGAUGAGAUUUACCGCGUUCAUUUGCAGCAUUUUCAAACUUCUAAUACUCUUUCGCCCGCGUGGGUCUGUGCCUAAUACUGUAUGUGCGCUGCGGGUUCAUGAUGAUGGUUAAGGGGAGAUGCGGGGCUGCGGGGAGGACGAGCGGUGCUGCAGCCUGCAGCUCAGCGGCUCAGCGGUGUCGCUGCUCGGCCUGGGGAUUACGUUUGCGCACAGCGAACAGCACAAUCCGACUGAAUUUAAAAAGAGAAAAAAAAAAACAAGGGGGGCCCUGGAACUGCGCAAAUUAGAAAAAAAAAACAUCAUCCCGACGGAGUUUAUGGCUUCUGUGUCCGGAGAGGAAGAGGCGUCGUGGAGACUCAUCGGUCCGGCCUCGGAGCUCUCCAAGCAGCGCUGCCGCCUCAUACACUCCUCCCUCGGCCGGGAGGGUGAUGUCUGCCUCUUCUUUGUGAAGGGGGACUUUUAUGCCAUGGAUGCCCGCUGUGCACACUCCGGGGGUCCUCUGUGUGAGGGGGACAUCGAGGAGGCUGACGGAGUGCUGCGGGUCUUCUGCCCCUGGCACGACUAUGACUUUGAUCUCAGAACUGGGCAAUCUGGGACAUCACUACAGCAAAAAGUACAUAAAGUCAAGCUGGAGGAUGGCAACGUGUACGUGAAACAUGAAAGUUGUCUCUCCUUGAAUCCUUUUCCAGGGAAUAGAAAACACUGAAGAACCUCAGUGCAGCUGCCUCGUCCUAUUUUUAAAGACUUUCCACAAACACAAGCCAUCCGAAAACAUUCCUGAGCCUUAUCUAUCGUGUUCUCAGAACUGCUUCUGCUUUGACUGCAGUGAACUUAAGACUGUAUGGAAAAGAUCCUGUGAAGAGGACAUGACAUCAUGAAACUGUUUUUCUUAGUGGCGUUCCAGGUGGAGCAUCGGCUCAAGCACGGAGCAUGGAGGCUCGUUGGCUUACUUCUGAUCUUGAUCAAACUCUUAGACGGUAAAGUAAGAGGAAUGUAGAAGAGGAAAAUUUGAUGUUACAAAACAAAACUUUUCUAAUGACUAUCUCUUACAAUUUUUCAUGUCUUUAUUGAUAUAAAUGAUGUGUAAUGUUUUCAAUUCAGAGAAUCUGGUCAUUAUUUAUCUGCUCUCAUGAAUUUUGGCUGUUCGUUUUUGUCCAUAUUUGAACGCACCACCAAGCAGUUAUUUAUUUUGGAUGUUUGUUAAAGUGCUGCUCCCUAAAAUAUCAAAUGAAAAUUUGAAAAACUUAGUUAAGAAAUGUUAUUGAAGCAGCCAUGCAGAGUUGAAGUAGUAACAGCAGAUUGUAACGGGAGUCCUUUCAGUAUUAUACUACAUGGA